ACGACUUGCCCAGAAAAAUCAGAGGCACCGUGAGAGAGAGGCGGGUGUGUCAGACAGCAGCAAGAAACACAGCAGCAGGUGUGUAUCCAGUGCGCUCCGUGUAGUUCCACAGUGUGUAAUCGCGAUGGAUGGAGUGAGUGAGGACGACCUCUGCUGGCUGCAGCUGGACGACUUCAGGAUGCUGCUAAUCAAAACCAUCGAUCCUUCAAGAAUCACUCCCUACCUCCGCCAGUGUCAGGUGAUCAGUGCUGAGGAUGAAGAGCAGCUUUUCAAUGACCCUACCCUUGUCAUCAGGAGGCGAAAAGUUGGAGCCCUACUGGACAUUUUGCAGAGAACAGGUGUCAAAGGUUACACGGCCUUCCUGGAGAGUCUGGAGCUGGAUUAUCCUCAGCUGUACAGCCGAAUCACUGGCAAGGAACCCAACAAGACCUUCAGCAUCCUCAUUGACACAGCGGGAGAAUCGGGUCUCACUCAGUUCUUGAUGUCGGAGCUCAGCCGUCUGCAGAGGGCACUGCAGGAUGAGCGGAGGCGCCGCCAGCAGGCCUGCUCUGCUGCCAAGGAUCAGGAGGCGUGGUCUCACCAGCAGCAGCUACGGGAACGCGAGCUAAAGAAGCUGACCGAGCGCCUGCAGAAGAUACGGGAUGAGCGGGAGCGGCUGAGCGAGGAGGUCAAGCAGCUCAGAGAUCACAACUACAGUCUGAUGGCUGACAUCAACAGUCUGACCCAGGAGAAGAGCAACACCCUGUUGGCCAACAGAGACCUGCAGAUAGAGGUGGAGCGUCUGAAACACACAGUGAUGCGAGCAGAAAACCAGACUCGACUUCUGAGACGCCGAACACUCAGACCUCUACAGGAGAGCAGGAGUCAGGCUUUGCCCACAGAGACCUUUUUCCACCCUGAUAAACUGGAGGAGCAGAAAGAGGAGAAACAGGAAGAGAAAAAACAGGAGAAAAAGGAGGAAACACAGAAGCAGCAGCAGCAGCUACAACAGCAGCCGCAGCAGAAGAGUAAAGCUCCUCAGAUGAACCUUCUCUCCACAGUGUUCAGACUGAGGAGAGAACUCCACAGAGCAGAGGAGCAGAGAGCCAGGAGUUUGGAGGAGAAAGAGGAACUUGAGCUGCGCUGUGCUCAGCUGAAAGGAGACAACAAGAUCUACCGACAGCAAAACAAGCAAAUCCUGAGACAGCAGGAAGAGGUGAUCAGGGAGAGAGACAAGGCACUGUCAUCACAGGCAGAGAAGCAUGAGGAGGCACGAAUACUCCUCCAGGAGAAGGACCAGUACAGGGAGCAUGUCAGAAAGCUCACUGAGCAAACUGACAGGCUGGAGGUUCUCCUGCUGAGAUCACAGGGGGAGGAGCUACAGCUGAGAACACGCCUCCGCAGAAUCACUUCCAACUCUCAUCAGUGUGAGAGGAGUGUGAGCAGCGAGGAAGAGGAGGAGCCUGCAAAGAGCCCUGCUAAAGGCAGCAGUGAGGAGGUGUGCAGCGUGACAUCAGGGGAGAACGAGGAGGUUGCAGCUCCGCAGCAGCAGAAUGAUUCUGCAGAGGAAAUCAAAGAGUCUGAGUUCAAACCCCCUAAAACUGCAUCAUGGGAUGAGCAAGCAGAAGUCGGUCUUAGAAGUCAUCUAAACUUUUUUUACCGCAGGAAGCGAGCCCUCAGGUCAAAGUUCAAUAGUACAGACUACGCAGCCUGUAACCUUGACGACAGCAGUGACAUCACUGACUCUGACUAAUGUGGCAUCAUGAAUGUGUUUAACUUUACCGCUAUAGAACAGAGCCUGCAGCUCAAAAUGCUCCACAUGACAAUACCAAAACAACUCCAAGAAGCAACACUGAAGUUGUACUACAGGCAAAUGAAGGUCAAUAAAACUUUCAACAUAACAAAUAUAAGAAUUUCCAAUAGCACUUAAAAACAAAACUAGAAAUAAGCAAUGAAACUUAAUAGCAGCGAUACACAGCUGUCAACUUAAAAACUGAGGGCCAGAUUUACUAAAUGAUGCAAAUUCGUGUGAUGCUGUAAUUGCAAAAAUGCACUGAUGGGAGUGGAAAGUUCUGCAGGUUAUUUGCUAACAAUGCAUUAAUUUAGAAACAAAGAUCUAGCCAGUUUAUUUCAGUAAUGACCCGCAUUUUACCAAGAGCAACACAAACUGAUGAUGAGGCGCUUUCUUUACCUGACGUAGCGAGAUGGAUGUAGAAAGCCGACAAAAGCGACACCAUGAGCUGACAACUCAACAGGAAGACUUUUUGCAACCAGAGGAAUCGCCCCCUCGUGGCCAUUAGAAAGAAUUUAGGUUUCAGGCACUUAAACGUUACCUUCAUUUUUCAGACCCGGAAGCGUUGUCCAUCUUUCAUAUAUAGUCUAUGUAAUUGACACAUUUAUCCCUAGAUUGUGCCAGUUGACAAUCUAGAACCAGCCAAAAAAUUUCCACUAAAAAUGACCCUUGCCAAUUCCAAAACUUUGGGUCUAACAGAAAAUUAUUGUGCCCAAAGUUGGAAGUACUUUUGUCGCUGGCUAUAAUGUAUCAUAGCUGACAAGAAGUCAGGUCCAUUCAUUGGCACAUAAAACAUUUUAUGUAUAAUUUAUUUAAGUUUUUAAUAUUUGAGCCUGUCCUGAUACCCAGGGCAUUAUUUACUGGUGAUUCAUAACAGAUGGUAAAUGGAUAGUUAAUUAUACUUUAGUUACUAAUUUAAUUAUUUUUUCUUUUUACUGUUAACAGAUAUUACCAUUGUAAUUAAUCCCUUUAAUACUGCUUAAUAAUUGGUUUAUAGAACAUUAUCUGGAUGCUUAUUGUAACAACUAUUUAUAAAAGUUUUAACAUUUUAAUAAAUACUUCGUAGUACAUCUCUAGAAAUUAAUCGAACUGUUAUUAUAAAGGCUGAAGUGAUGUUUGCAGUAGUGUGUAUAAGUAGGCAGAUGGCGUGUGGGUGUGAACGUGGAGACUGCUGUUCUUGUCCUGUUUCUCUCAUUGCUGUCACUUUGCUGUUUCUUUCAUCAGCUGUUUAGUUUGCGUCAGAAAGAGAUCCUGAUUUCAGAUACGAUGAUUUGGGAUCGAAACUGGUCUCACAUCACUAUCAACUGCUGUGAUGACUGUUACUGGACACAAAACCCAAAACAAAAGGAUAAUGUAGUCUGUAACUUACAUGCAUACACAAGUUACACACACACAAACACACACAGUCUUAUUAGCUAUGAUUUCAUACAUAAUAAUAUUGUUAUAUUCAAUGCCCUUUAUAUUAAUAUUCAAACAUAAUUAUUGUUAGUGUACAUAUUCUGAUUUUCCUUAUUCUCUUCUGUCUACAUGCAAUUUACAGUAUUGCUUGUUCCUAUUAUAAACAUGAUAAAAGUUUCAAAUAAUGACAAAAUUAUGUGGAAGUAACCCCUGCGACCCAAAGUUCAGUUCUGACUGUUCUAGAUACUGUUUUGUUUUUUGUUUUAAUUCCAUGAUUAGCUGACAUCAGCUUGCCACAGAUUUCUUUAUAUGGUCAUCUGCUACACGAACAAAAUGCCUACAGAUUAGGUCACAAGCACUGGGAGCUGCCCCUUGUGAGGCUUCCAGAAGUUGGUCAGUGAGGAUAAAGCAGUCUUUUUGGGAGGGAGGUGUUAAAGGUGGAAGGGAUAAACUGAAGGGUUGCAUACAGAGCAAAUAUGCUCAUUUUUUAUGUAAAUAAAAUAAAUUUGAAUUAAAUAGAUGGAAUGUGAUCAACUCACAUCAUCUUUUCUGUUUUCAUUCAUUGCUGAUGAAUUUGAAGAUUUUCACAGGUGAUCCAAAGUUUUCCUUAGAGCUUCUGAUCUCUCACCUUCACCUCAAGACAUCAGACAGUGAGACUCUUACUGUGCUGCUCCGAAACUCAGACCAGUUAUUGAGUGUCCUCCAAAUCCCUGAAGGGUAUUUUUUUUUUAUGUUAGUGUCCACUGUCCACUGUUCAUCACUGCUAACUGAUUCCCCUUAGAUGCACAUGAAACUAAGUAUGCAUGUCUUACUGAUCACUGUGCAGCCUGUUUAGACUGUGUCAGCACUUUAUUGAAAUACUGUUAAUGCAAUGUGAUCUGUUCCCAAGUUUGAAGAAAGGUCAACAGGAACUGACAUUUUGGUCUUUGGGGAACUGUUCUGUGGAGUAAAUGUCAUGGUUGUUUGACCCACUGUUUUUGGACCUUCGAGUUUUAUUCAGUUUGAUUCUUGGUUUAUUUAUUAUUACUUGUUUUUUUUAAUGCAUUUUCCUUUGCGUGUUUAGUCACACUCUUACUUCCUGGUUGUAUAUGAGUUUAGUUGUCUGUGUUUCUUGUUCUGUCCUCUUGUGUCGAUUCUCCUAUAUUAAUUUCAUUCAUGUGUCUGCAUUUCCCAUCUAAUUCUCACUUCUCACUUCCUGCUUUAUUUUGAUCGUUAUUUAUCCUUUGUACCUUGCUUUUGGUUUUGCUUCCUCUAGUCUCGCAUUUGAUUUACUUCACCUGUCUUGUUUUCCACAGCUGUCUCCACUUCCCUGAUUGCCCUUCUGUGCACGUGUGUGUACAGUGGCAUCUUCCCAUUAGUCUUGGGCAGAGUGGAACACUUUUCCCAGUAUUCCUCCUGCUGCUUAUAGUUAUGUUACUUUGUUUAUGGAAUUUGUUCAACUAUUUAUCUGCUAAUA